ACCAGAGUCUCCCCCUGCCCCCUCCCGUGUGGGGCAGCAUCGCUGGUCCCAGCCACUGCAUGCCAGGAGCCCCCCAGUCGUGACGACCACAGGUGUCCCCAGAUAUCUCCAGGUGUCCCUGGGGGAGGAAUCGCCCCAGGUGAGAGCUCUGCCUUAGAGGGAAGAGCGACUCCCCCAGACAAAGUGAGGGCAGAGAGAUGAUCCUGUGGGUCUCAGGAGGCGCAGUGCUCUGAGACCCUCACCCCCUUUUCUGUCCUGCUGAGUGGGAUUCAUCCCACCCCUGCACACGUCGGCCACAUCUCACCUUGCUGGGGCUACAGGGACCCUCUGGGGGCAGGCAGUGCCCCCUUGGAGGUGUGGAAGCGGGGGUGCAUGUCACUGUGAGGGCUGUGGCCACAAGCCCCCUUGUCCAGAGGACUUCCCGCAUGGGGUGGGUGGGAGCCACCUUCCUGCAUCUCUUGAGGACCCCGAGCCUGAGCCUGAAGCCCCUGCAGGCUUCCUGGGGUGCAGCUUUGACCCCCAAGCUCCCCAGCCCUCAAGCUGGAAGGAGGAAGUGGGGACGCCCAGCCCAGGUGUGGGGCAACCCUAAUGGCCUCCCUGAAUUGGGGCUAUAAGAGGGGGUGGGCAGGCAGGGGGCAUGGCCCAACCAUGACCCGAAGCUGCAGACCCUCCAGCCCUGCCCUCGCCCCGGUGCUGCUGGCUGUGCUGCUGGGCGGUGCGUGGGGCCCAAGUCCGUCCGUCCGUCCAUCUGCCUGUCCCAUGCCCUCACGGCUCAGAUGGGGAAAGUGAAGCAGGACCCAGCUCAGCUGGCUGCUUGGGAUGAAUGCCUCAAGGGGAGGGGAGGAGAGAAAGGCGGGGCCUGGGAUACGUAGCUCUCUUUCCCCAUCUGUAAAAUGGGCAAAACCUAGUCCUUCCUGCCCAGGGAGGUGUCCUAGGGACUCAAUAUAACCAGAAUCCCUGGACAGCACCUGGCACCCAGCAAGCACUCAGUAAGUGUGCACGCACGAACGAAUGUGUCACCGAGUGAACGACGCACAUGUCAGAGGAAAAACCGGAGUGAGGGAACCCCUCCGCCCUCAUCCUGAUGAGGCUUUUUCAUGCCUCAGUUUGUCCAUCUGCAAGAUGGGUCAUCUUGCCAGCUUCUUCCCCCUCCUGACCUCCAGGACUGGGCGCCGCUGCUUCCUGGGAGCCUACUGAAAUAAUAAUGAUAAUGACCACCGGGCUCUCCCCAGCGCUAACUGUCCCCGGCCCGGGCCUCUUCCCUCCACAGCCCCCAGCCGCCCUGUGCUGCUACGGGACCUCCAAUUUGCACAUGGGGAAACGGAGGCUCUGAGGGGUCCCGGGCCUGGUGGAGGCCACACAGCGGCUCUGCCCUCGUCCCCCGACCCCCGUCUGGGCUCCCUGGGCGGGGGAUGGGGCGGUGGGGUGGGGUCGGUCCCCCGUCCAGGGAGCCGCGGAGGGCGUUAGGCAAGGCGACGGCCGCUGACCCCGGCGUCCCCAGGUGUAGCCCGGGCCGCGGAGAUAGUGGGCGGGCGGGAAGCCCAGCCCCACUCGCGCCCCUACAUGGCGUCGCUGGAGCUGUUCCCCAGCAACCACUUCUGCGGGGGGACCUUGAUCCACCCGCGCUUCGUGCUGACCGCAGCCCACUGCCUGAACAACGUCGAGGCGCACAGCCUGCAGACCUCCGAGCCCACCGAGCAGAGGUUCAGCAUCAGCCGCCUGUUUGAGAACAACUACGACCCACAGGAGAAGCCGAAUGACGUCCUCCUCCUGCAGCUGGACCGCCCGGCCACCCUCAACCCCCAGGUUGCGGUGGCCCAGCUCCCCCAGCAGAACCAGCUGCUGCCCCACGGCACCCAGUGCCUGGCCGUGGGCUGGGGCCGCCUGGGCACUGAGCCGCUGCCCCAGGUCCUGCAGGAGCUCAACGUCACCGUGGUCACUUUCCUGUGCCGGCCACAGAACGUGUGCACCUUUGUGCCCCGACGCAGCGCUGGCAUCUGUUUUGGAGACUCGGGCGGCCCCUUGAUCUGCGACGGUGUCAUCCAGGGCAUGGACUCCUUUGUGAUCCAGGGACGCGCCACCCGCCAGUACCCGGACUUCUUUGCUCGCGUCUCCCUCUACGUAGACUGGAUCUGCUCAGUGCUGAGCAACGCGGGGGGCGAGGACGGCCCCUGA